AUGACUAGUUAUGGGGCUAAAGAAGGCAUACAAGAGGUUGAAGCUCCUUACAUAACCGGAUACAUUUCCGCACAAGGCACCAAGGUCACAAAGGAAGUAGAAGCGCCUUACCUAACCGGAUACAGAUCCGCACAAGGCACCAAGGUCACAAAGGAAGUAGAAGCUCCUUACAUAACCGGAUACAGAUCCGCACAAGACACGAAGGUCACGAAGGAUGUAGAAUCUCCUUACAUAACCGGAUAUAUUUCCGCACAAGGCACCAAAGUCACAAAGGAAGUAGAAGCUCCUUACAUAACCGGAUACAGAUCCGCACAAGACACGAAGGUCACGAAGGAUGUAGAAUCUCCUUACAUAACCGGAUACAUUUCCGCACAAGGCACCAAGGUCAAGAAGGAUGUAGAACCUCCUUACAUAACCGGAUACAGAUUCGCACAAGGCACCAAGGUCACGAAGGAAGUUGAAGCUCCUUACAUAACCGGAUACAUUUCCGCACAAGGGACCAAGGUCACGAAGGAAGUAGAAGCUCCUUAUAUAACCGGAUACAGAUCCGCACAAGGCACCAAGGUCACGAAGGAAGUUGAAGCUCCUUACAUAACCGGAUACAUUUCCGCACAAGGCACAAAGGCCACGAAGGAAGUAGAUGCUCCUUACAUAACCGGAUACAUUUCCGCACAAGGCACAAAGGCCACGAAGGAAGUAGAUGCUCCUUACAUAACCGGAUACAGAUCCGCACAAGGCACCAAGGUCACAACGGAAGUAGAAGCUCCUUACAUAACCGGAUACAUUUCCGCACAAGGCACCAAGGUCACAAAGGAGGUAGAAGCGCCUUACAUAACAGGGUACAUUUCCGCACAAGACACAAAGCGCAAGGAGGUGGAAGCGCCUUACAUAACGGGAUACAUUUCUGCAAAAGACACAAAGGAAAAAAUUGAUGCAGAGGCGCCUUAUAUAACUGGAUAUAUUUCUGCACAAGGCACAAAGGGUACAAAAGAAGUAGAUGCACCUUACAUAACAGGAUACAUUUCUAAACAAGACACGAAGAACUGCGAACAUCGGAAGCAAGUACAUCCACCUUCCCAUAAUGUGGUUUCAGGAAUGGAGUCUAAGUCUCCAAUGGGGCGACAUCAUCAUCAUGAUCACAUGCAUGCACAUUCAUCUUCUCCCAUGGAUCACACUGAGGCGCUCAAGCAAGGGUUUUUCACUUUCGAGGAUUUCUACAAAGGGAAUACACUGCCACUCAACUUUCCGAAACAAGAGCAUUUUCGUUUCUUGCCUAAAGAAACAGCCGAUUCCAUUCCAUUCUCAACAUCACAGCUCCCACACCAUCUCCAGCUCUUUUCUACCCAACGCGACUCUCGUGACGGAAAACACAUGGCUUGGACACUCGACCAGUGCGAGCUCAAACCCAUUAAGGGAGAGACUAAGUUCUGUGCUACUUCCCUAGAAUCUAUGAUGGACUUUGUUCAGCAAAUCAUUGGUUCAGGGGUGAACUUCAACAUUAUCUCUACCACCCACCCAGAAACCUCUACUGCCAUCACACAGAAGUACACUAUCUUGGAUGAGCCCAAACAAGUCUUGGCUUCAAAAAUGGUCUUUUGCCACCCCGUGCCUUAUCCUUAUGCUGUUUUCUUCUGCCACCACUUUGAGAACGACACCAAGUUCUUCAAGGUUUCACUUGGAGGCGAGAAUGGAGAUAAGGUGGAAGCUGUAGCUGUUUGUCACAUGGACACUUCUGAUUGGGACCCUGACCAUGAUUUGUUUCGCUUGUUGGGAAUCAAAGCCGGUGCUUCUUCACCAGUUUGCCAUUUUUUCCCUGCAAAUCAUCUAGUUUGGAUUCCUUCAUCACCACCAGCAGCAACCUUCUAAGCAAUUGAUAAUUCUGAACCCCAAUCACCAGCAUGUAAUAGUUGUAUGUCUCGUAUCCAUCUGCAUGUCCAAUAAUGAUUACUCACCAUGCAUGUUCUGGUACUGUAAUCAAUUAGGGUUUAAUGUUUUCAAUUAUCAGUUGAUUUUUCUUUGGGUUUGCUGCUUUAAAGAGAUCUGAGUGUUGUGUAAAAUGACCUCAAGUACCUGGUGAACAAAGAAGUUGGAGCUUGUAAUGAACUAAU